UACCAUCUAUAUCUUGCUUCUUCAAUAACGAUGAGAAUUUGCGUCCGGUCAAACGGCUCAAGCAAAGGCCAGGUCAUCAAUUGUCCAGACAGCUUUCAAGAUCUUCUGCAACGGUGUAUGGAAAUAGGAGAUGGGAUUUCGAAUCCCAUACUAUUUUCACAUACAGGAGAUAUCAUCUCCUCAAUAGAAGUUGUGAGGGAUAAUGACAUAUUAUAUAUAGGAAACGAAGGAGACACUUUUCAAGGAGAUAACUUGAAAGCAAAAAACCGUGCAGAGGAAUUUAAACUUUUUUCUGAAAAGAAAAAAGAUGAAAGAGAGCAAUUCUUCAAGAAGACAAAUAAAGACGCCAAACUUAGACCUAAAAAGGAAAAGGAGGCAAAAGAAAAAACAUGCAAGCUAUGCAUUGGGAUGAUGGUUUGGUCUUCUUAUCAGCGGAAGAGAAAGUCCAAGCCAAGACUUGUCUGCAAAAAGCAAGUUGGGAAGCAAAUGAAUGCUUGUGUGCAUGUACAAGUAAAUGCCACUGCAUCAAUAAUUAUUGAUAAAGCUGUGGCUGGCUUCAAAUUGCUGGACCAGUCACUGGAUACAGAGGAGGAGUACAUACUCUUGUAUCCUGACUGCUCUAUAGUUGACAAGUUACCACAGUCCCAGGAGGUCUUCACUCCAAAGAAAUAUGUUGAGCUGCUGGGGACAUUUUACAGCAAGGUGAAGCUGUAUUUGAUCCUUAAAAAAGACUGGAUAUCAUACAGAAGUUAUUCUACAAUAUAUGAUCCUUUGGACUCUGACUCUGAUGGAUCUGCCCCUAAACAAAGUCGAGGUGACAGUGAUUUGGACGAUGAAGAGGUGAAUUUCAAAGGUGCCACCCCUGCCAAAUUCAAGGAUGGUCAGUGCUACAUCUGCAAUAAGGACAAGCCAGACAUUUGUCUGAAAGAAUGUGAUGAUGUCUUCCAUAGAUUCUGUAUCAGCGAAUGGGUUGAGAACUGCAAACCUGAUAACCCAAAGUGCCCAAAAUGCAAAGUAGAGUUUGACGGGAAGCCAUACUCUUCAGAGAAAGAAAAAGAUAAAGGAUGGACAUUCCGCCACAACAGCCUCCCUAAAAUUGUCCACCAGGUUUCAGAUAAUGAAUCAUCUGAAGAGGAGAAUGAUCCCCUUCCUGCUUCAAAUGCCGACAAUGUAAUUGGAAUCCAGCCAUCAACCUCCACGUCUGAUGGAAAUGAAGUCAGCAUAUCCCAUCCAACCGUCAACCAGCCAUCAACCUCCACGUCUGAUGGAAAUGAAGUCAACCAACCAUCAACAUCAGACACAGCUCAUACAGAAGCAACAAAUGCCAUUGUGGAAAUUACUUCCAGACCACAAAGGAUCAGAACAAUUGAAAUCAAAAGGGUCAAUAUAUUGUUUGAUCUCAUUCAUGCUUUCAAAGAUGAAAGCAUUUCAGAAUGCUUUGUAACUGUGUCGAUGAUAAACGGCCAAGGUCAGCGAGAGCUGGGCAGCGACCUGGGAGGCGUGUUUCGCGAUUGUAUUUCCGCCUUUUGGAAUACAUUCUACGAGUCCUGUACCAUUGGCGAAGACGAAAGGGUGCCAUCCCUCAGGCACGAUUUUCAGAAGGAGGAGUGGGAGGCCAUUGGCCGCAUUCUUUUGAAAGGUUUUGAGCAAGUUGGGUACUUCCCCAUCAAGAUAAGCAAAGCCUUUUUCGUUAGCCUAUUUUUCAAUGAAUCAGCUGUCCAAGGUAACAUUCUGAAAGAUUCCUUGGUAAAUUAUUUAUCAAGGGAUGACAGUGAACUUGUAAAGCUUGCAAUUGAAGGUGAACUCCAAGAAGAGCAAAGAGAAGAGUUCAUCGAAUUGCUGGAAAUGUUUUGCUGCAAGCGCCUGCCAAAGCCGGGAGAGGAAAAAGAACUUCUUAGUGAAAUUGCCCAUAAAGAGCUUAUACAGAAGCCUGAAUAUGCGGCUCAUUGCAUCAAAAAGACCUGCCUCCCACUGAUGAAGUUCCCUGAUUUCCAAAGCGUUGAAUCACUUUUGUCGAUAURCAAAAGAGCCCAACCAACCACUAAACAAGUUGUAGCACUUCUUGAAGCAACAYCAACAAAUGCUGCAGAACGAGAGGUGUUUGUUUAUWUGAARCGCURCACACGUGGUCUAAAAGAUGACAUGAUUGGCAAAUUCUUCAGAUUCUGCACUGGGUCAGAUGUUCUUUUGCCAUCCAUGACGAAAAUAGCAGUCAAUUUCACUUCUCUCGAUCGAGCUGCUAGAAGACUUGUCGCACACACUUGUGGCCUUGUUCUUGAUGUUCCAUGCACAUAUAACUCAUUCCCAGAGUUUCGAGAAGAGAUGAACAGCAUCUUAAAUAGUGGUGUGUGGGACAUUGACUUCAUAUAAUCAUGACAAAUUAAUUCUAAGUUUAAUCAUGGAUAUAUCUUCACGUCUUGAAAGUUCUUUAAAAAAACAACUAUGCCAUUUUGUAUUGUAUAACAAAGCAUGAUUUAUUAGGCAAGAUGGGGGUUGAAGACCUCACAUUUUUUUAUAAACCAAGAACAUAGUCUUGCCCAUCCUUUAAUAUACAUUAUAUUGUAUUAUUUAGAUGUUUAGUGUUUCUUUAGCUCAAUAAAUUCUA